CUGCAAGGCCAGGGCCGUCCUCCUGAAGCACGAGGGCGGAUAGAGAGACGGGCUGCGACGUGGAGGGUCCCGCGCGCCUCUGACGAGCUGGUGCUAACCCGGGAGUCGAGGUGCCAUUGGCUAUCCGGGAGGAGGGGAAUCCCGCUGAAAGGAGACUCAAAGGCUCCCUUGCCGGGAAGGAGACAAAGAAAGCGGCUUAUUUACAAGGUCCGAAAAUAUCUGUCACAUGUGGCUGGGAGGGAUCGAGAGAAAGGAAGCGCGUGUGUGAGGAGCGGAAAAGACAUAUACAAGCAUGGGGAAGACAUUGAAGAAUCCCAGAAUCUCGGGAGCGGCGGCAGCACAAAGGACAGCAUCUAUGGCAUUAACAGGAAACAGGACUAUGUCAAGAACUCUGGGGGUAUACUUGGUGAAAAUGAAUUAAGACCACCCUCCCAGCUCUUAGAGAAGACCAGGACAGGGUUCAUAUCAGAAAACAUUUUUGAGACAGUGUCCUUGAGUUCAGACUCUCUCUUCCAGAGGGCAGUUUCAAUUCUCCAUACUUCUUACUUGGACUCUGCAUCUGAGCAUGGGUUUCAAUACAGUCAAGUGACUUUGGUGAAAAAUGACAUUUUCUUAAAUGAGUACAAAACUUUUUACCAAGAAAAAAAAGCAAGUAACUACACUCAGGAAGAACUUCAAGAAACUUAUGGGUUUCUUCUGUUUGAAAGUGAAAAUCAGGCAAAAUUAGUAUGUCGGCGUGGACUCUGUAUUGGCAGCAGUGCUAUUACCACUCUGGGUGACCCAGCAAAAGGUGUAUACAUUUCCAAAUACUCAGACUGUCUUCAUGCAAGACCAUGGUAUCAUGGAAAGUCUGGUUAUAUUAUAAUUUGUAAUCUAAUUAAGGGAAAAGUCAAGUUUGUGUCUGAGAAUUAUACAACUAACUAUAUUAGCCCAUCUUCUGGCUAUGAUUGCCAUGUGGCUGCAAAUACUAACAAGGUUUCUCACAAGACGAGUCAUUUUCGCGCCUUUGAACUGAGUCAGUAUUAUUUGUAUGAGCUUUCAGGUGCCACUGUUACUGAGCGACCUAGACAGAUUCAUCCUUACGUAAUUGUAGCUUUUCAGUACAAGGAACCUAAAAAGAUGGCGGCACCAGCUCAUAAAAGCUUACUUGAGCUCAGUGAAAAUGUUCUCAUCUCCCCAUGGAAUGGGAAAUUAAUUAUUAAAGGCUGUCUGCUGUGUGACAUAACUCUUUGGUCCUCUUAUGGUACAGUGGUUCCCAUCCACCUACCACAUGAACUAGAUUUUAAGUAUGUAAUGAAAGUGUCAUCUCUGAAAAAAAGACUACCAGAAGCUAUCUUUAGAAAACAGAAUUACUUGGAGCAAAAAGUCUGUUGCCAAGAUAUGUACUUCAAUAUGUAUGAAGUGGAAUUGUCAAACAAACAAGGGGACAAAAUAGAUAAACUAACCGAAGUCAUUAAAAAUAAGCAAUUGGCACUCAUCAAAUGCUUAGAAAAUCGGGAGGUUUUCAUUUUACUUACAUCAUCAGCGUUAAUUUCAGAAACAAAUUUUGGAGAUGAGCAGAUGGCUCUACAUGGAUUACAUUUAUUCCAUUCAUCCCUGUCAGCAGGGCUGAAAGACUUGAAAGUUGAAGAUGACAUCUCAUUGAAGGUGAUACCUAUUUUACCUGCCCUUAAUUGUGCACUGCUAGAAGCAAGGAACUCAUUUACUGAAGAAGGAAUCUGUCUAAAUACAUUAGUAAAACGUAAUUUUCAAGAACUGUACAAGAUGGAGAGAAAUCCAUUGACAACUUCUUCUCAGGAUGGAGUAAAAGAGACUUUAUUCUUUGGCAAAAUGUCCAAUGGUUUUGACUUGGUUCCUCCAGCUGAAAAGUGCCCUGUACAGUCUUUAACUCAGUUGAAGACUUAUUUUUCAGAUCCUAGUGGGUACAUUUUGGAAGUAUCUACAGCAUUAGAUUUAUUGGCAGAGCAUUCACAGUCUCCUUGUAUUUCAGAUGGAAUUUGUGAUGCUGGAUUUUCUUUAGUUAUGACUCCAGAUCCUGAAUUUCUUGACUCAGAAGCAGAAGUAAGAAGAGAAACUGAAACAAAAAAGAAUUCUGAAGAAAUGUUUAAAGCUAGGAAGAGAAAUAUAGUUCCAUUAAAUUCAGCAUCAAAUCUGAGAGUUCAGCCAAAGAGGAAGGCCAGCAUGCCACCUAUGGGGCAGAGUAAAAGAGUGAACGUGUGCUGUCCUUUCCCCAAAAGAACUCCUGCGAGAGCAAAUAGGGCUUCAACCCCUCCAGCAACUCUCAAAUUAGUUAAAGGACAGUUUCCUCAGAAAAGAAAAAGAGGUGCUGAGGUGCUGACUGCACAGUUUGUACAGACAACCAAAUUGGAUACGAAAAACCAAGAAGCUCUUAUUUCUAAAGAUGUUCCAGUUGCAACGACUCCUAAAAGGGCAAGGAAACAAGAGAAAUCUCCAGUCAAAACUGUUCCGAGGGCUAAACCACCUGUGAAGAAAUCUCCACAAAAACAGAGGGUAAAUAUAGUAAAAGGCAAUCAGAAUCCCAGAAUCAGAAAGCAGCCACAACCUGCCAAAGGAGAAACUGCUUCUCAGCUUCAAUCAAAAAUUUCAUUAUGUGGGCAAGAAGAUGUUAUUGGCAUAAAUACAGCUCAACCAGAAAACAUCACAGUGGCUCAGAAAGCUCCAGCUGAGAAUUCCAUUGUCAACUGUGACUCCCAGGCCCUAAACCUGUUAGCUGAUCUCGCAUUAAGCGCUGCUACCUCUACCACACCACCAUCUGAGCCCAGAAACCUUCCUUGCUCUUCUGAAUUGCCACAAAGCAAUGUUUUGCUUUCUAAAGAACAUUCUCUGAGCAAUACAUCUGACCAUGAAUAUCAUAGAGGAGUUAAAAGUAAAAAAAGGGGAGUGUUACCUAAGCCCUCCUCUGAUAAGAAGAGUAAUCUGACAUCAGACUCCACUGUCAGCCAAGAGGAAGAGAGGUUGGUUCCUGACAGUCAGACCCCUAUUGAAGCCCAGUCGGCACUUCCUGAGGAAACAAUGGAAACUUCAGAUGCAAGCCAAAGUUCUGUUGCUGUGGAACAUUCCUAUGCCCUGCUCCUUGCAGAACAUUCAAAGAAGGCACUACAGCAGAGAGGGUUACCAGGCCCUGCCUUCACCAAGAAUGGCACAAAAGGCCCUGAAGCAGGAACCCCAGUGGGAAAAGUAAUGCCAUUUCGGCAUCAGCUGAGCACCUCCCCUAUUCAAAAGCUUCCUGAGGACCCAGUACUCAAGCGCAGGAGCAGAUUGCUGUCUUCCAGCCUGAGAGACUUUUACUGCUCUCGUACUGUGUUCAGCUGUGACGGCUCCUUCAAGGUCACUUUCAAAUGUGAAACAAACUAUGUAUUCAGCUUAGACAGCAAAUAUACCAACAACCCACUGGAGAAAACUGUACUAAGAGCAUUACAUGGGCCCUGGAACACUGAUUUACCUGAUAAUGUGGAAGAAGUGAAGCUUUUACUUCAUAUGUGGGUGGCUUUGUUUUACAGCAAUCAGAACAGAGUCAUACGAUCAUCCCGAAAAGUAGUAGAACACAGCAACCCUGCCAAAUAUGUGUCUAUCAAUACUACAAUAGAAUCUUUUCAAUUCAGUGAAAUUGAGGAGUCCCGCAGUGUGGAAAGGUGUUCUGUAGGCCCUUUGUUGGAGACAGAGGAAGCUCCCAGAGGUCAUAGUGCUGAAGUGUCCUUCCCUGACACUAACUCCUUGCUUCCUUUCAUUAAACCACCUGCAAGAGGCUUGGAACUCUGGGUACAGAAUGAACAGAAAGAAGUUUUUGUAAGAGAGAAUCAUCCAGAUACUCCAGAAAAGCAGAAUUUCAUCUAUUCUUGUAAUAAUGAGAUCAUUGAGGGGAAAUCCAAACAAGAGUCAUCGGAUAAAACAGAGACUUCUAAUCUUGUGCUUUCUAACACUGGAAGUAUCCGAAUUAAUGGACCUUCUAUUCCUGGUGAAGAUAAAACCUUUGAGCCACUUGAUAGCACAAGAGUGACUUCUUUUGAUACAGUCACACAAACCACAUUCACUAAGACUUGUGAUGGGAUCAGCAGUCAGUCAGUGAUUUGUCAAAAAUCUGUGUAUAGCACCCUUGAAAACAAAGUCGAUAAUUUCCAUGCAACAGUGCAAGCAAAAACCAGUGGUUUACAGACCCUUAUCGAGCAUAGCAGCCCCCAAAACAAAGAAUGUCAGCCUUCACAGGAAAAGAAAGAUGAUAUGGGGUAUGUAAUGAUUAAUCUGGAACCAGUUACUCUUACUUUUGAAAAAAAUGCAUGUAUACCAAUACAGGCAGAAAUUGCAAAUAGAGCUGAUAAACCUACAGCCUUUAAUAUGGAGUUGCUUAAACAAGUAUCACCUGCUAGAAGUUUUAGACUUCCUAUAUCCACAUUUGAAAAGGUACAAACACAAGGUCUUAAGGACAUUCUAUCUCUAGCAACGUCAGGAGAAAAAGGCACUAAGUACCUUUGUGCCUCCUCAGUAAGUGGAGAGACACUAGCUAAUAAUGAAAUGUGUUCAUUACAGAAAGAGAUUCCUGUUCCAGGCUCAUCAUUGCCAACUGAUAAUUCAUUGGAAAAAGAGGCAUUACCAUUAGUUGAAAGUUGUAAUUCUUCAUUACCCAGAGAAGAAAUGAAACUCUCUCAAGAACUUUUUCUGCAACCGAAGAGUCUCUUAAGCAUAUCUUCAGAAGAGAUUUUGGAGCCAUCACAGAUUGAAGAAGCCUCACCAUCAGCCUCUGCCAUGUUGGAAAAAAAUUACUCACUUAGCUGCAUUCCAUCAAGAAGUAAUACAUCAAAUGGCUCUUUAGAAUUAAAGAGUGACAAGAGUGGUCUAAACAGUGAAAAUAGGAAUUUUGAAUCAUUUAAGUCCGCAUUUGCUAAACAAACCAGCCUAUCUAUAAAUGGAGAGGAGGUAAGCCUAGAGUUAGAGGAAGAUUCUGACAUUGACCUAACUCUCACAAUAUCACCACCUACAAGUCCCAGAGAAGAAAUGCCAGCUGGUGAAACAGAGCAACACCAGGAGGCCCCAUUACCAAAUUUAGAGCUCCAGGAUAUAGAUGAAGACAUAAUUGAGCCACAAGAAGUGACUUUCAUAGAAAACAGAGAAGUGAAUUCUGCUAAAUAUACUUCUGCCCUUGAGCUUACAGAGGAAGUUAAUGUUACUUCAGACUUUCCCUUUGGUUCUUUAAUUGAAGAAGUGUCACCAGCUUCUAGUCCUGACCCCCAGAUACCAGUUGAAGAAACACAACCAUCUCGGGAUGUGUCUCCAUGUAGUUUAAAACAUCCCGAUGCACAGAAUGGGAAAGGUGGCAAAUUCUCCCACACUGAGUCAGUAGAUUUGGCCAUAACAGAAAAGGAAAAUUCUUUUGGUCCUAUCCAUCCAAUGUUACUAUUAAAUAAUCAUCCAGGAAGAAAAGAUAAGCAUUCAACCCUUCUGGGCAAAGUAACUAAGGAAAUUGUCCCAAGUGAACAUGGUGAGGAUUUCUCUUUCUCAGAAAAGUUGCCAUGCUGCAAUAAAGAAUUAAACCAGCCUGCCCCAACUGGCAGUUACAGAGCUGACUUCAAGACUUCUCUAGAAAAAUUGGUAACGUCAGGAAAUCCAUUGCAGCCGAUCAGUAUAGAAAACAGAAAUUCAGGUUUAAAUCACCUUGCCUUGGAGACCAGUGAGCCCCCAUAUAGUCCUAGAAAGAUUUUGGAAAAUAAGUCUUUGGUUGAUACGUUUAUUUCAACAAAUAGUCCAAGUGAAAUAAUGAAUGUAUCAUUAAAACAGGAGACUAGUCCGAAAAGCAUUAAGAAUCUCUUUAGCAGUGAUUUGAAAAUAAAUGAAGGCAAUUACAUGCAAGUUCAGUCCAUGAGCUCUGACUCAGUCGAUGAAGCUGAUGAUACACAGGCACACAGGCACCCAGAGAUCCCCAACCUUGCUUUUUCCUCAAGUGGUGCUACCGUAACCCAUUUUACAAGACCCAUAAACGUUGAGACAGGGUUUCAAACACAGGAAAUAUCAGUAGUCAGAAUGGCCAGUUUGCUUAAGAAUAGUGAAACCGAAGCUGAAUUAUAUGAAAACAACAUAGACCUAGGAGGUAUUGACUCUGAAUCAAACACCACAUCUCCAGAAGGCAAACAAAAAACCACCCAUAUGCCGCAAGAUAUGUCAACAUGCAAAACAAAAGAUCUGUCGAAUAAAGGACUUUCCCCCAUGUAUCUAUAUGCUGAUUCUCAUCAAAACACAGCAGUCACCAGUGAAAAUGUCAAUAAAGAGCCUUCUGCCUUUUUUGUUCCCAAAUCUUGUGCUCCUCUUGUUUGUGGAGUCUCUAAAGAGCAGGUGGAAAAUAAAAGCUCUGGUGAGGGGAUCAGGACUGAGGAGGACUCUGAAACCCUGGAGGGAGAUAUGGAUAAUAGUGUGAAUUCUGACUUCCAUUAUGAACCACUUUCCGGAGACUCUGAUCAAGACUCUUUUGGUGAUUGUAGAAAUCUGAAAUUAGACAUGGAGAGUUCCUGCGCUUUGCGAUGUAGUCACAAGAAAGAAGGUGCUUUGGAAGAUGGUUAUGACUCUUUCCUGAGCCUAAACAAUAGUCAUAAGGACGAUUGGGCCUACUCUACCCAGGUUUCAGAGUUGGAGACCAGCAUACCUCCCCGAAACCGGUUUGAUGGAUUAAAGAAAGAAGAUAAGAGUGUGCCAUGUUACAUCCAAAUCAGAGAUCUCCAUGGUAUCCCCAGGACUUACACUAAUUUUACUAUAACUAAAGAGGUCAAAGGUACCAAGAGAACUUUGCACGGCCUGAGGAGGCAGCGCAAUUUCACUGCUAAACAUGGCUUGCUAAGCUCCUGGACAAAUACUUGGCAGAUAGAAGAUAACCUUACUCAGAACACUUUAGAUCUGGAGUAUCUGCGUUUCCAACAGAAAGUGAAGCAAAUUGUAAAGAAAGGGGAUUCCCAGCUUUCUCCAUCUUCCACCAAUGACUUUUUGAAGAAACCACCUCUCCAAAUUGCCUCUGAAGUUUUCCCUUUGCCAAAGACAUCUGAAUCCUCAGUUCUCCAUCCUCCAUCCCAGAGCAAAAGUACCCUCUUGGUAACAAUCAUGCACUCAGACUCCAGGCCACAGAGCCAGCACCCGAGACGCCACAGGUCCAGCAAAUUAGACAGUUCUUCCUUUUGGAAGGAAAGAUGUGAUCGCAGGAGAAAUCAUCUUACAAAUUCUAAAAGAAAUCAGACUGUUUCUUUCCACCUCAACAAACUGAAAUAUAACAGUACUUUGAAGGAAUCCCGGAAUGAUAUCUCCCUUAUUCUCAAUGAAUAUGCGGAAUUCAACAAGGUGGUGAUGAAUGGCAAUCAAGUCAGUUUGCGAGUUAAAGAGUCAAAUGUUGGUUCUGGAGAAGCCACAUCUCAAGAGAUGUACUCAUCUUCCCCAAGAAGAUCUGCCUCCUACGAAGACAUGAUUACAGACUUGUGUAACAGUUUGCGCGUCAAACUAAAAAGUGUCGUGAAAGAGGCAUGCAAAAGCACCUUUCUGUUUUACCUCGUUGAGACAGAGGACAAGUCAUUCUUUGUGAGAACAAAGAAUAUUCUGAGGAAAGGAGGCCAUACAGAAAUUGAACCUCAGCAUUUCUGUCAAGCUUUUCACAGAGAGAAUGAUAUGCUAAUGGUCAUCAUCAAAAAUGAAGAUAUCUCAUCACAUUUACAUCAGAUUCCUUCUUUGCUGAAGCUGAAGCAUUUUCCCAGUGUCAUCUUCGCUGGAAUAGACAGCCCUGAAGAUGUUCUCAAUUACACCUUCCAAGAGCUGUUUCGGACUGGAGGCUUUGUGGUAUCAGAUGACAGAAUAUUAGAAACUUUAACAUUAGUUCAACUGAAGGAAAUUGUGAAAGCCCUGGAGAAACUAAAUGGAAAUGGAAGAUGGAAAUGGUUGCUUCACUACAGGGAAAAUAAAAAGCUAAAGGAAGAUGUAAGAGUGGAUUCAAUUGCACAUAAGAAGAACUUAAUAUUGAAAUCCUACCAGAGUGCAAAUAUCAUUGAAUUGCUUCAUUAUCACCAGUGUGACUCUCGGUCAUCAACAAAAGCAGAACAUUUAAAAUGUCUCCUAAACCUGCAAAUUCAGCAUAUCCAUGCCAGGUUUGCUGUCUUCCUAACAGAGAAGCCUGUCUCCAGAGAAGUCUUUGAAAAUAGUGGCAUCCUUGUUACAGAUGUAAAUAACUUUAUUGAAAAUAUACAAAAAGUAGCAGCUCCAUUUAGGAGUAGCUAUUGGUAAGAACACUUCUCCUGCAACUCUCCCUUGUCAGCUGGAAUUGAGGGAAGAUACUGACGUUUGUGUCUAUGAGGCAAACAGUUGUUCAAAAACUCUGUUCUUUACCUUAUGUUAUGCUGUAAAUUAAAAAUAACUCUAUUUAGGGAUGAAAUUCUUAAGUAUCCACUAAUGAAAUAACCAACCCAAUUACCCAUUUUCUGUGUGAUAUGCAUUUUCACCUGCAGUUCAUCCUGAUCACCGAGAUAGAUGAUGUAACCUUUACAAUGCAUAGAAAUUUUCCCAUUAGGUAGCAUACUAUUUAUAAAAUAGUUGUUGGUUAUUUUGUUUUAAAGAUGAAAUUAUCAAUUUUAUUUAACCAGGUUAUUCAACUGUAACUUGCCUAGACAUCAGUGAUGCCAACAACAAAUUAGUAUUUUCCCUUUUCUUUAAAAAACUUUAAGACACAUUAAAAAGUCUUCCCUUCUCAUCAUUGAAACAAAUCAAUGUUCUACAACUUAGGGGGAAAUUCCUUUCAUUUUUUUACAUUUUGUUUAAAUGGCUUCAUUUACAAUGACACAUUCACUUUGGGUUGCAGUGUUAAAUACUUUGUUUUAAAUUAAUUGUAAUUUAAAGCUAUUAAUUGAAUUUAGUUAAAAAUAAUUUUAUAAACAUGUCUACUCAGUUGUAGCAAAAGUCUAUUUUAACCAAUAGCUUUAUUUUUGCAUGUCAAUGUCAGCAACACUUAAGAAAUGCAUAUUAGUCUGUUUUAAAGUUUUUACUACCUUUGUAAAAGACUAUAAUCUCUUACGUGUUUCAUUUGCUAUUAUUCAAACACUACAUAAAGUUAACCUUUUUUCCAAAAUGGUACAAAUUUAUAAACUGUCAUCUUCCACUUAUUUUGUAAAUAGUGCACUUACAAAAUCAACUCUGAGAAUAAUCACUUAUUUAUGAUGUUAGAAAUAUUAAAAUCUUUAAACAUGAAAACCAAGCAAAAAACAUUUGUAAGACACUUAUCAUCUAUUUGGAACACAGGUUUUUAUAACUAAUUUGUUUCAUUUUUCUAAUAAAGACAACUAAAAAGUCAAUUGUUUCUGCAAGGACUUCAUAGCAAAAACUGGAGUUUGUCAGGAGAGUUGUAUCACUUUUUAAGCCACUUAAGCAAGAAUGACUGGGUUCCAGAGGAAUACUAUCACUUAUAUCAUUUUGGUCCUCAUCUGUCAGUUUAGUCCCAGCAGACCCGCCCAGUGUUUUCCCCUCCCAAGGUCAUGUGCACUGAGCUGCAAGCUACAGGAAAGAAGGGCGGGGCUGUUAGAACUAUACAGAAACUUCUUUCAAAAGCCAUUCAUCUACUUUGUAUACUUCUUACCCAAACAAAAGUGCCAAUCUCACUAUUUAUAAGUUUUAAUUAUUUGACACUAGCUUUUGCUUAGAAACCCAUUUUUUACCUCAGGGAUAAGAUUCUAAUAACAGGAUCAUAACACUGAGUUGAUUUGAAAUUACUAAGGAAAAGGAAACAUAUAUUGAGCACCUACUACUACCACCUGUCAGGUGCUAUCUGUCCAGCAUAGUCAUCUUUCAAGUUAGACCUCAAAUGUUCAUCUCCCUUACUGAAAAGCCUUCCAACAUCCAACCCCAAGGCCAUCAGUCCCAUACCACCAUUUCUUUAACUUAAACCAAGUCACAGAACAACAGGUCUAACCUGGACUACAUGCUCUUACAGAAACUGUGCCUUCAUCAUUUUUGGACCCCAUUGGCCUGGGACAUAAAGUCCUGAUAUCUUUGCUUUCUAUUUAAUACUAACCAGAUUGUACAUUUUGCAUGUUUAACUAUAUAGCAGGCUAAUUUUUAAGUUGAUAAUUUUGUAUGGUCUGAGAAUAAUGUUAGAAAUAUCCUUUUGGCUCUUGGCAGAAAAAAGGUUCCCCACCCCUGACAUAAAGUAGUGGUUCUCAACUUGUCGAUUUUGUCCCCCAGGAUAUGUUAUAACAUCUGGAGACAUUUUUGGUUCUCGGGCUAGGGAGGUGCUCCUGGCAUCUAGGAGUGAUGUCAGAGAUGCUGUUAAACAUCAUACAAUGCACAGGACAGUCCCCCAUAACAAAGAAGUAUCUGGCCAAACAAGUAGUGUGAGAUUGAGAAACUGAGCUAAUGUAAAUCAGAUAAUCUGAAUAAUAAUCUAAAUUAUUAUCCGAAUUACUUCAACAGAUUAGUCGUAUGUCCUAAUAAUGUCCUUUUAAGAAUCAAAUUCAGCCUAUAAGAAUACAGUUAAGAUGUCUUCAUUCAUCUGGUAGCUAUUACUGUAUAAUGCUAAGAGAGAGAGGAGGUCCCAGUUAAAAACAAUUUCUAACUACAAUUUACAUUACAUGAAAAUCUUUUAAAGUACCUAUCUACCUGAUAAUUAACUUGUUCUCUUACAAAUGCUACCUAUAAGCAAAAUUAUCAAAGGCAGUAACUUGCAUUUGAAUAAAAAAA